AUGGACGAAGAAACCAAAAAGAAAUUGAUAGCUGAUCAUUUCUUCUUCAAAGAAGGUGAGUGUUUUUUGAAAGCCGCCAAUACCAAUCGUUUCUGGCCAACUGGUCGUGGAAUAUUCCACAAUGAUAAUGUUGGAAUGAGACCUGUCGUUUUGCGGCUAUUUGCGGCCCUCGGGCCAGCUAUUUAAAGGGCCGGGCUAGCCAGCCAAAAUAAGGGAAAUGGGCUGGCUCAGCCCGGCCUUUCCAACAAAUUUUAUUGUGUAAGUCCACUAUUUUUCAAUGGUGUUUCUUUCGAAUUGUUGCAUUUUGGCUGAAGAAAAUUGGCGAAUUUCGCGUUUCUAAUGGUGGAUUGAUGAUAAAAGUAAAUGUAGAAAAUUUGAGCAAAAUCAUCCAUUUGUAAAAAUCCCGAAUUGUCAUCAAAAAUUUAUGAAGGACCGAAAAAAGGAAUGAAACAGCCUCUUAUAAAAAAAACAAGGGCCGGAGGGCCGAAAUAGCCCGCAUUUUUUGAAUUUUGAAGGGCUGGCCCGACCCGGCCGGCCAAAAACGACAGGUCUGGUUGGAAUGUAGUGAAAAAGAAUAAAUGAAAGAGAUAAAAAGAAUCAAUCUUUUUAUAUUAAUUUAUUUCACGUGCACGUGUGACGUGGCAGAGGUGGCGGCGAGACCGCCUAUCUUUUUCUGUUUUUGUUUUUUGUGUGCGGUUUUUCGUUAGGUUUUCUUCGGGUCAAUUUCCUAGGUUAUUUUAGCUGUGUUUUAGAAAUGGUAAAUUGUUUUUGUCUUUUUAUUCUAUUUGUGUAGUGUAACUUUUUGUAUUUUAGUUUUUUUUUCUUCAAUAAAUUUCUAUUAUAAAAAAGUCGCAACCACUACAUAAAAUAAGUUAUUCUUGGUUUCAGUGAAUGAAGAAGAUCACUUGCGUAUCAUCUCAAUGAAAAAUGGUGGAAAUGUUGGAGACGUUUUGGGCCGUCUUAUCAAAGGAUAAAAUUUGCGGAAUUCAUGGAGAACAUUCGGAAACCAAGGAUGCUAUGAUGAUGUUAUGAUGAUCUAUGAUGUUACGAACAGACAACGUCUCGGACUAACUGAAUAUCAAGGUGUCAGACAAAUGUAUGAUGGAAUCAAGAAAUUGAUUGAAUUGGAGAAGGCUGCAGCGUUGACAGAACGAAUUUCGAAAAAUUCAGGCGAAAUUAAGAAGAACGAAUUCCAUUUGAAUAUGUGUGAAGAAGUCAUUGACAAAAUGACUGAAAUUGUGAGAAACAAUGCGCAAAGUAGGUUGAAGGGAAAAAAUUCAACAAGAAAAAUGCAUCAACUUUUGAUGAUAUUUUUCGUAGGACCAUCCCAACGACCGCCCAAUGUUUUUUCUCAUGUUCAAGGUAAUUCUAGUCUAGAAAAAUUUAUAUAAAGUAUACUCUGAGAAUAUGAGAAAAAAGAAAUUUGGGCGACGGGUGGGUUCGAAAGUUGGUUGUUCAAAUGAGGAGAGAGAAAAAUAGUUCAAAAUUUCUAUUUACAGUUUUGAAAAAAUUCAACGAGCGGAAACCUAUAGCGAACUUCUACAUUUGA